UCAAGUUAGGGUUUCCAAAACAUACAAGUUGUUAUGGUAUCAGAGCAACCCUAGCCGCCGCUUCAAAAAUGGCAACAACAACCACACCAGAUCCCACCGCGGAUCGUUACUAUCUCCAUGGUUCUGAACAACCUGCACUUCUUCUGGUAGGUGAGAAGCUGACCACACCAAUUACAAUGACUGGAGCAAGGGGAUGCUCAAUGCUCUGGCCGCCAAGAACAAGCUUGGCUUCAUCAAUGGCACCAUCAGUUCCCCUACACCCAUUGAUGCUCAGUUCUCAUCCUGGAGCGGGAACAACAUCAUGGUCCUCAGCUGGAUCCAACAGACUGUUGAUCAUGGCAUCAAGAAGACAAUCAUGUCUUCCAAACUUGCAUCCGAGGCCUGGGCUAGCCUCAAAGCUCGCUACGGUCAGGAUGACAUGAUUCGCGUUGAUGAGUUGAUUGAGUCCAUCAGCACCUUGAAACAAGGCAAUCAAACAGUGACUGAGUAUUAUGACAAUCUUAUUGCAUUACAAGAUGAACUAGACAACUAUCAGGCCAUCGAUAUUUGUCGUUGCACAACAACUAGCCAUGUCGAUUGUGCUAUGAUGAAUGUUGUUGUUGGAUAUCGUGAUGCCAACUCUGUUAUUCAGUUCCUUCAUGGUCUAAAUGAUAAUUAUGCAUCUGUUCGUUCCCUAGUACUCUUUGGAGAUACUCUCCCACCCAUUGACAAGGUUUUUCAUAGGGCAUUGCAACAUGAACGCCAACUCUAUGGCACUCAACAAGGCAAAACAAUUACUGUUGAGAGUACAACCUUCACUGCCCAGGGCUCUAAAGGCCCUUUUGUCUCUGACAAGCACCCCCAUUGCACAUUCUGCAACUCUCUAGGCCACACUGAAGACACAUGUUACCAUAAACAUGGUUGGCCACCAGGCUUGUCUUUGCUUGGUUCCACUAUGACCUCUAACCCCUCUGCUAAGCCACCAGAAUGCACCUUCUGCAAGGGGAUUGGACACACUGAAGAAAAAUGCUUCAAGAAGCAUGAUUUUCCUCCAUCCUCCCAGGCUAGGCCACCACCACCUCGCAUAAGAUCAUUCAUCAAUGCCACUGAAAGUGGUACUUCCUCAGAUUCACAACAGGAAUUCAAACUUACAAAGUCUGAUUAUGACAAACUAAUGAAUCUCAUGAAUGACAAUCUCAAGGGCAAGCAGUCUUACCCCUCUCAUUCAACAGCCCCCACUACUCAUUAUGAGUCUGCACCAUCAAGUAAUCACUCUUGUUAUCUUCUAAACCACAGUACUUCUGCUACUCAAUGGAUACUAGAUACAGGAGCUACUGACCACAUAGUCAGCUCCCUCACAUUUCUUCAUACAUUCAAAAAUGUCAACCAUAUUUAUAUCAACUUACCUAUUGGGGACAGAGUUCAGGCCACUCACAUUGGCCAAGUGCAUUGCCUUAAUGUCUGAUCCUUGAGGAUGCCUUAUUUGUUCCAAAGUUUACCUUCAACCUGAUCUCAGUAAGCAAGUUGACCACCACUAGACCUUUUUGUUUAACCUUUUCUUCUGACUCUUGCACAAUACAGGACCUGGAGCUGAAGAGUGACUAGUUCUGGUAAGCUUUCCCAUGGCCUUUACCACAUCAACCGAAACUUAGCUAGUAUACCUAAACACAUCAUAGCUGUUAUUAGCUCACUUUCUUUAGACAUUUGGCAUUUCAGACUUGGACAUGUUUCCCACAGUCGAAUUCCUCCAUUGAAUCAGCUUUGUAAAUCCAUAGAAACCAGCAACAACUUACCUUGUGAUGUUUGUCAUUUUGCCAAACAAAAAUGGCUUCAUUUUCCUUCAAGUUCAUCUGUAACUACACAUUGCUUUCAGUUAAUCCAUGUUGAUAUUUGGGGUCCCUAUUCUUAUCCUACUUAUGAUGGCUUCAAGUAUUUCUUAACUAUAGUAGAUGAUCAUUCCAGAAUGACUUGGAUAAUUCUUCUCUCAUCCAAGGCUGAUACCAGACCUAAACUCAAACAAUUCUGCAUAAUGAUCACUACUAAAUUCUAGGGAUUACCAAACCGUUCCGUACUGGACGGUAGGACCGGAAAAGUCGGAUACCGCAUCUGAUUCGGAACGGUGUCUGAAUCCAACGGCUUUUCACGUGCCGGCCGAUAUUGACUGUGCAACCGGUAUUUCGCUUCCAACCGGCCGGUUUUAAUAAAACCGCCAGCAUGAAUCCUCUUCAUAUGUCGAGAGAAGUGGCGGCGGCACAAAAACGGAGAAGGCGGGUAGGUGGUGAUUUCCUCCUCCCUGUGUACUUGGUGACGGGCAUAAGCUCGACAGUGGACUCUUUCUCACGGAUCUCCGGUCUCGCCUUCUCGUCUCCCUGCUUUUCUCUGUUGUCGCUCUAUCAAGUGGAGAAAAGACGCGAUAAUGGCUAUUAUUGGGGAAGCCGAUGCAGAAAGAGAGUUUGGAGGAUUUGGGGAAGGUGGAGAUAAAUGAGAUUGAUUAUUAUUAUUAUUAUUAUUAUUAUUAUUAUUAUUAUAUAAGAUGGGUAUGGGGAGUGAUAUUGCCGUGAGAGGAUUAAGGGAGAUUUUGUUGUUUUUUUUUUAUUAUUAUAAUUAUUAUUAGAAAGUAUUCGGUAGUUAGGGGGAUUAUUGGAUUUUUAUUUUUUGAUGAGGGGGAUUUUGGCUUUUGGGGUUAGUAGUAGAAUAAUGAAAGUAGCUAGUAAUAAAGGUUUUAGUUGCUUAGGAUUGGUAAAGGGUGGCGGUCAAUUUUGAGAUUUCUAAAUAUUUGUAUGUUGGUUUCAUAGUUUAGUAUAGAGAAUUAAUUUUAGAAAAAAUAUCAAUUGAAUUUUUGGCCUUGAACGUCUAUUUUCACGUUGGAACACUUUGUUGAAUGUUACCUAAGCUUAUUUACUUUUUUACAGUUUCUUAGGCGGUAUAAUCCGGUUUUAUUCCGGUAUUUUCCCGAUAUGGUACCCUAAUUUUGCCGGUACGGUUUUUUAACAAAAAAAUAUUUUUUUAUUCCAAAAACGGUAUUUACCGGUAGGAAACGGUUGAACCAUGGUUGUACCAUGAUUUACCAUGCCAAAGACGAUUCCGAUUUGAUGUCCGGUACGGUUUUGUAAUCCAUGCUAAAUUCCAUACUUCUAUUCAAACCAUUCGUAGUGAUCAAGGACAAGAAUUCCAGAUGUCUGACUUCUUUGCAGACACUGGCAUCACACAUGAAAUAUCUUGUGUGGAGACCCCACCAACAGAAUAGCAAAGUUGAACGAAAACAUCAGCACAUAUUAGCCAUUGCUAGAGCUUUAAAGUUUCAAGCUAAUCUUUCUAUAGGUUUUUGGGGAGACUGUGUUAAACAUGCAGUGUUCCUCAUUAAUCGUGUCCCAACUCCAAUCCUAGCCAACCUUACUCCCUACCAAAAAUUAUACAACAAACCAUCUGACCUUCAAGACUUGAAUGUUUUUGGAUGUCUGUGCUAUGCCUCCACUCUCAAAAAUCACAUAACCAAAUUCCAAUAGAGAUCCAGAAAAUGUGUAUUCCUAGGAUAUCCUUCAGGGAUCAAAGAAUACAGACUUUAUGACCUCAAUUCCAAUGAAACAUUCAUCUACAAAGAUGUCCAGUUUUAUGAAACUGAAUUUCCAUUCCAGUCAGACCCCUCUACUUCUCCAGAUCAUUCCUACAUCCCACCAUCCCCCUAUCCUAUUCCACCAUGCCCUGCUCCUGAUGAUCCCCCUCCUUCCUCUCCACCUUCCCUCAUCCCACCAUCUCCUACCUCUCCUCCUGCAGUUUCUAACCCACCUAAUACUCCUUCCCCACCCUCUACUAUCCCACCUGACCUUCCCAUAGCCCUCAGAAAUAAACCCGAACCAUCAAACGUCCCUCUAAACUACAAAAUACCAUUGCAACCUGCUUCAACAGAUUUCUUCCACUAGUCACUCUCUGCAGCAAAAGGUCCAAGGUAUCACCUAUCCCAUCUCAUACGUUUUAAACUACAAUUGUCUUUCCUCUCACCACUUAAAGUACAUUCUCAACAUCUCUUGUCACAAAGAACCAGAAACCUAUGAGGAAGCAGCCCUCAGACCUGAGUGGAAUCAGGCCAUCAACCAUGAGAUUGAUGCCCUUGAAAGUAGGGGUGUGCAACGGUUCGGUCCGCACCGGACCAAACUCAUGAGAACCGCGGUCCAUUAGUGAAAGACAUGUUAGGACCAAGGACCAGACCAUUCUUGCAUUUGGUCCAUUUGGUCCGGUCCAAAUAUGAGUUCGGUCCACCAUUUCUUCAGUAAUUAUAAAAUUCAUGAGGACCA